AUGAAAAAAGGCAAGAGGAUGAAGAAGACCAUCAUCAUGAAAACGGCAUUGGCGUCUCUGAUAACAGCAUACGUCCCCGCGGAGUGUACGAGGCCGGAAAGUAUGAACGAGAGAGAUCCCACUAGAAAUCUGCGCAGAGAAGCUGGGUCGGGGCCAAAGAAUAUACCGCCACGAACCGAAAAUGGAUGGGUACAUCCACGGAUCUGCAGCCAGCCUCGGCGAAACGACGUACAGACCGCCUACGGCGAGCAAUGCGAUAGCGGCCCUGAUGCCAUCGACAAAUCCGUAGCAGGCUACCCAGCACGCGGGAGGCAGCAGAAAUCGGCGGAUAAACUCUUCGCUUGUCUCUGGGGAGAUGUGGUAUUGGAAGCCAAGGUGAUUUAA